AUGGCCAUCACAUGCACUGCUUCAUCGAGACUGGCUUUACCUGCCGUUUUGCGCAAUGUCUUCCACUCUCAGAGCGCCAGUAAUUUCGGCGCUUCAUCAAUAAUUCCUUAUCGUCGACCUGUUGCUUCUGGUCUUUGUCCCUCGAAUCUUCCAUUGCAAAGAUCUUUCACUUCAAUUUCGCGCUUCGGUGAUUCCCAAAAUGAACAAUCAGAGCACGCAAGCUCUGUAGCCCCGGCCGGCGUCGAUGCCCCUGUGCCUCAACAGAAAACAGUGAGAAAGAAACAUCACGAUUCAAAAGGCAACAAAACUGGAUGGAACACACAUAAGGGCCAGUUUAAGGGUCAGCGGCGAGGCUCAGAAAUCAGAACCGGAAGAACCGACAGAGAGCGCAGAGCUUUCCGCAACGAGACUCGCAGGGAAGCCGAAAAACAACCUCGCAGAGCUUGGCAAGACAUGGCCGAGAGAGCAAAACAGGAUCUUGAGAAAAGGGGGAAUAAAAAGCCUGAGCAUUGGCAAGUGCAGAAAGCGGCAUUGAAAGAGAAAUUUGCCGAGGGUUGGAAUCCGACCAAGAAGCUUUCGCCUGAUGCGCUCGAUGGAAUCCGUACCCUUCAUGCGAAAGCCCCCGAGAAAUUCACGACCGCUGUUCUUGCGGAAGAGUUUGAGGUGUCCCCGGAAGCCAUUCGUCGAAUCUUGAAGAGCAAAUGGCGCCCGUCGGAGGAUGAGAUGGAGAGUCGGCGCAAGCGCUGGGAGAACCGACACGAUAGAAUUUGGAGUCGCAUGGCAGAGCUUGGUCUUCGGCCCUCGACCAAUCGCACGCGACCUGUUUCAGACUUCCAUGUGCUGUACGAUGACAACAAUCGCGAGCGAAGAUAG